AUGUUAGAAUUUGCGGUAGGUGAUCACGUAUUUCUUCAUGUUUCACCCAUAAAAGGGGUUAAGAGAUUUGGGUUAAAAGGGAAGUUAGCACCCAGAUUUAUCGGACCUUUCCAGAUUCUUGAGCGGAUUGGUGCUGUUGCAUAUCGACUUGCGUUACCCCCAGCUUUAGCAGGAGUACAUAAUGUCUUUCAUGUUUCUAUGUUGUGGAAGUAUGUUCCGGAUCCGACACAUGUCUUGAAGGAUCUUAUAGUUCCCCUACAGUUUGAUGCGACAUACGAAGAAUUCCCAGCUCGUAUUCUGGAUCGCAAGGAACAUCGGUUGAAGAACAAAUGGCUCCGUCUCAUAAAGGUUGGGUGGCAGCACCACUCUUAUCAAGAAGCAACUUGGGAGCGUGAGGAGGAUAUGCGUAUCGGAUAUCCUCAUUUAUUUUACCCAGGGAUGUCUUCUGUGAAGUUUGAUAUAGUGAAGUUUGAUGGAAUCGAGAACUUCAGAUUAUGGCAAAGAAUGGUCAAGAACUUGUUGGUGCAACAAGACAUGGUGAAGGUGCUAGGAGAAAGGAAACCAGACAGCAUGGAGAGAUUGGAUUGA